GCAGCACGUGCCCCCCGGAUUAAACCCCCGCGUAUUCAGGUAUAAUUCAGAACCGGGCUCGGAUGAGUACUUUCUUUACCCCCAUCACCACUGCUGACUAUGAGCGACUCCCACGAACGAUGGGUAUCGGGAGGCACCCUUAUCGAUGCUGCUCCUCCAGACACGAGAACCACCUCCGGAGAGGAGAAGAUUAUCCCACCUGAACACCCGUAUAGGACGCUGGUACUAUGCUUCGAUGGUACCGGGGACCAAUUCGACUCUGAUAACUCGAACAUUGUGGAACUCUUCUCGAUGUUGAAGAAGGAUGACUGUUCCAAACAGAUGGUUUAUUACCAGGCAGGGAUCGGCACGUACACCACCCCUCAAAUUGCUACGCCUCUGGGAGCGAGGAUAUCCAAGGCUAUCGAUGAAGCCGUAGCUUGGAACUUGGAUGCACACGUUAUGGGUGGAUACGAAUUCUUGAUGCAGAACUACACAAUAGGUGACAGAAUAUGUAUCUUUGGGUUCUCGAGGGGGGCGUAUACGGCUCGGAGUCUAGCGGGUAUGAUUCACAAGGUCGGAAUCCUACCCGCAUGCAAUCACCAACAAGUGCCGUUCGCGUACAAGAUGUACACACAAGCUGAUGAAGUGGGUUGGAAACAGAGUAAUGCGUUUAAGAAAGCGUUUUCAAUCGAUGCGGAUAUUGAGUUUGUCGGCGUUUGGGACACUGUCAACUCCGUCGGCCUCAUCCCAAAACGCCUUCCCUUCACGACGUCGAAUACGAACGUUCGGACGUUCAGGCAUGCGGUCUCACUUGAUGAACGACGAGCGAAAUUCAAAGCGAACUUGUGGAACCGUCCUAACGAAGCCGAGGCUAAACUUGGUUUGGCGCAAAAGGGGAAUACGAAUUCCGGGUCUGGAUCUACUACGACGAAAAGUCAGCCACACCUUCAGAAGCCACAUUCAAUAUGGGCACUUGAACAGCAGUAUUCAAAAGAUCGUACUCUUCCGACGGAUAUAGAAGAGGUCUGGUUUGCAGGAUGUCACUGUGACGUCGGGGGUGGCUCGGUCUCAAACGACACCAAACCCAACCUUGCUAGGAUCCCACUCCGAUGGAUGAUUCGGGAAUGUUUCAAAACCAAUACGGGUAUCAUGUUCUAUGCUGAUAUGUUGGAAGAGAUUAUGGGUGUGGAUCCCGCGGUUCUUUAUCCGGCUGUUCUUCCUAGACCCCCAGCGUUGAAGAUCAGUGAGGAGCAAGGGCAUUAUAUUCGAUCUAUAUCUGACGAUGCGGCCAAGUCGAAGGGCUCGCCCGAGAGCUUGGAUGAAGGGACGGUAACUACUACUGGUCAACGAGCGACAGAGGAAGAACUCGAGCUCAUGGAUUCUCUUUCGCCGAUUUAUGAUCAGCUUUCUUUAAAAUGGUUCUGGUGGAUUCUUGAAUUUUUCCCUAUCACGAUGAGAUACCAAUCCGGGGACAGCUCGUGGGUAUCGUAUUUGGGGUGGAAUCUAGGACGGGGUAUAAUUAUUCCUAGGCAGGAGACGGAGGGGGUGAAGGUACAUAGGAGUGUGAAAUUGAGGAUGGAAGCUAAGUCUAGGGACGGACAGAGGUAUGUGCCGAAGGCGAGUUUUGAUGAGAGGUACACGACUUGGGUGGAUUGAUGGUCUUUUGAUACUACAUAUUCGAGGAAAACUCUAUCUUUAUAUCAGUUUCUCGGAAGGAUUUGUAAACCGGUCGAUGGUGGAUAGAAAUGAUGCUG